UUCUCUUUACAUCACAUUCCUCACAUGGGUGUGGAGUUCGGAGAAUCUGCUGUCAUGGAGAAAUCAAACAGCAAUGUGUUUGAGCUGAUAGUUAAGAGAAGAGAGCCAACUCUGGUUUGCCCGGCAGAGGAAACCGAAAAGGGUCUCUACUUUCUGUCAAACCUGGACCAGAACAUCGCGGUGAUUGUUCGAACAAUCUAUGGAUUCAAGUCGGAGGAGAAAGGAAAUGACAAGGCAGGGGAAGUGAUCAGGAAUGCCUUGGAGAAACUUCUUGUCUACUAUUACCCUCUCGCGGGGCGGCUAACAAUCAGCUCGGAGGGAAAACUCAUCGUAAACUGCAGCAGAGAAGGCGUUGUUUUCGUCGAGGCUGAAGCAGAUUGUGUGAUGGAGGAGAUUGGAGAUCUGACAAAGCCUGAUUCGGAGACUCUUGGGAAGCUGGUCUAUGAUGUUCCUGGUGCAAAGAACAUACUAGAAAUGCCUCCUUUGGUUGCUCAGGUGACUAAAUUAAAAUGUGGAGGCUUUGUGCUUGGUCUGUGCCUAAACCAUUGCAUGGUUGAUGGAAUUGGUGCUAUGGAAUUUGUUAACUCAUGGGGUGAGACUGCCAGGGGAAUACCCUUAACUGCCCCUCCUUUUCUUGAUAGGACCAUUCUCAAGUCACGGGUCCCUUCUCGGAUUGAAUACCUACAUCGUGAAUUCUCCGAGAUUAAAGACGUUUCUUCCACCAACAAGCUCUAUGAGGAUAAAAUGCUCUACAAAUCCUUCUGUUUUGACCCUGAGAUGCUUGAAAAGCUAAAGAUGAAAGCUAAGGAAAAUGGAGCUCUAGAAAAAUGUACUACAUUCGAAGCACUCUCAGCGUUUGUGUGGAGAGGCCGAACCAAGGCGCUGAGAAUGUUGCCAGAGCAAGAGACAAAGCUCCUAUUUGCUGUUGAUGGAAGGCCUAAGUUUAUCCCACCACUUCCAAAAGGGUACUUUGGCAAUGGCAUAGUACUAACAAAUUCAAUUUGCCAAGCCGGCGAGCUCAUGGAGAAGCCCUUGUCCUUUGCAGUUAGGCUAGUCCAAGAAGCCAUUAACAUAGUAAACGACAGGUAUAUGAGAUCAGCCAUAGAUUACUUUGAAGUCACAAGAGCUAGGCCUUCUUUGGCUUCAACUCUUUUGAUCACUACUUGGUCUAGGCUGUCGUUUCAUAAAACGGAUUUCGGAUGGGGAGAGCCGGUUUUAUCAGGUCCAGUGGCACUGCCAGAGAAGGAGGUGAUAUUAUUCCUCUCUCAUGGGAAAGAGAGAAAUGGCAUAAAUGUGUUAUUGGGUCUGCCAGCUCCAGCCAUGAAAAUGUUCCAACAACUUAUGCAUAUCUAA